UCAAGUAAGGGCAGUUAUUUCUUCGGUCAGCGGAAAUGGCGGAUCAAGAAAGAAGAAUGUUGAAAGAAGAAGUCAUAACUUACGCUUACAUUCUCCUCUACAUCGCUCUCUCUAGUGGUCAGAUCUUCUUCAACAAGUGGGUUUUGUCAUCGAAGGAAAUAAACUUCCCUUACCCUCUUGGGUUGACCCUGCUUCAUAUGGUGUUCUCCUCCGUAUUAUGUUUUGUUCUCACCAAAGUUUUCAAGAUGUUCAAGGUUGAGGCAGGAAUGACUCCAGAAAUAUAUACUACAUCAGUUAUCCCAAUUGGUGCAACAUUUGCAAUGACUCUUUGGCUGGGAAACACUGCAUACCUCUAUAUUUCAGUUGCGUUUGCACAAAUGUUGAAGGCAAUUAUGCCAGUAGCUGUUUUCAUUCUUGGAGUAGCAGCAGGACUUGAGGUCAUGAGCUGCAGAAUGCUAUUGAUAAUGUCAGUGAUAAGUUUUGGUGUACUAGUGGCUUCUUAUGGGGAAAUGAAUAUAAGCUGGAUUGGAGUUGUUUACCAAAUGGGUGGUGUCGUUGGAGAAGCUUUAAGACUUAUUUUCAUGGAGAUUCUGGUUAAGAAGAAGGGUCUCAAAUUAAACCCUAUUUCCGUCAUGUAUUACGUUAGUCCUUGCAGUGCUAUUUGCCUGUUUGUGCCCUGGAUUUUUCUAGAGAAACCAAAGAUGGAAGCACAUGGAACUUGGAACCUGCAAGCCCUCAUAUUGACACUCAACUCUCUCUGCACGUUUGCGCUCAACUUAUCAGUAUUCCUUGUGAUCUCACAUACUAGUGCUCUGACAAUUCGUGUGGCUGGGGUUGUUAAGGAUUGGGUGGUUGUCUUAGUGUCCGCCCUUCUCUUUGCAGAUACAAAGCUGACAAUUAUAAAUCUUUUUGGGUAUGGGAUUGCCAUCGCUGGUGUAGCUGCAUAUAACAAUAGCAAGCUGAAAAAGGAAGCUUCUCGAUCUAGCACCAACGAUUCUCUAGAUGUUCAAUCCCUAACAAAGGAAGCUUCAUCUUCAACUUCUGACAGAUAGUCUUAUGUCAACAGCAGUCUGCAAAAAUACUUCUGAGGAAACUUCUGUGUUUGUAAUUUUGGAUUAUUUUUCUGGUGAAGAUUCAGUUUAAGAUCAUAUCCAUUCUAUUGAUGGUAACAGCUGCUCCGACAUUUUUGGUAUUUUUUUUGUAUGCCGGUAUGGAGCCAAAUCAACUAGCUCAGCGGAGAAAAUGUUGUAUAAAGAAGUGAAAUUCACAACUGUAUCAUUAAGAAAUUAAAGAAACAAAAACUGAAGACUUUUCAAUGUUGAAUAAUCAAUCAUAGGUGAUUUUUCUGCAAAGCAAUUGUUGAAAUCCAUUUCUCAG